UUACUCUAUAAUCUCCGGCGAUCAAGGGAAGAGAGAAAAGAGUGUAAACGAGGGAGAGAAUAAUAAUGAUCCGAACGAUUUUUCUGUUCCUUGUUGUCGUCGUCAACAUCAUCGGGACGCGAGUAGAAGCGCAGCUAGUGCCGCCGGUGAGACGAGAUGGUUUCGUUUACCCACCGGGUCAUCGUUUUGAUCAGAAUACUAUACUAAUUGAGGCGUUUUACGACCCGGUUUGCCCGGAUAGUAGAGACUCUUGGCCGCCUCUGAAACAAGCUCUUCAUCACUAUGGAUCUCGCGUUUCCCUUCUCCUUCAUCUCCUUCCUUUACCCUACCAUGACAAUGCAUAUGUAACCUCUCGGGCUUUACACAUUGUGAAUACCGUAAACGCCAAUGCUACGUUCAGUUUGCUGGAAGGGUUCUUCAAGCAUCAGACAUCGUUCUACAAUGCGCAAACACAACUCCUCUCAAGACCUGAAGUUGUGGAGAAAAUAGUCCAGCUUGGAACAGUCACGUUGGGAAACUCAUAUCAACCGGUCCUCAAAUCCGGCUUAAGCGACAAAAAAUCAGAUCGUGCGACCAGGGUGUCCUUCAAGUAUAGUGCAUCAAGAGGGGUUUAUGGGACACCAACCUUCUACGUUAACGGAUUCGUACUCUCUGAUGAUGCUUCCCCCUCAAAUUUUGGAGGAUGGAAAAAAAUCAUUGAUCCUCUGGUUCAAACACAUGAGGCAGAGAUAUAAUGAUAACUUCGUUUCUUUCCUUUGAAGAUCUUAAGUGUGUUUGCUUAUCUGUACUGUAAUUGUAUAUUACUUGUUCAAAAUGUGUCUAUUGUUCAUUGUAAGUUUGUAAUUAAGGAAACUGAUCCAUAUAAAAGCUGGACAGAAUUUGUAAUGACAAAUGUGAAUUUUUGUCAUACUAAUUAUAAAAUGAGUUGUUCUAAAUU